AUGGCCGCAAGACCCGAGCCCCCGCGAGGCGCGCUGCGAUUUCUCUGUUCGCCUGGGCGGCCCCCGGUGCCGGCGGACGAUCAGUGGUUGCCUGCUGGCCUCGUCCCGCACAUGCUCGCCAUCUUGCUGGCCGUCCCGUCAACCUCGUGCUCAGCAAUGCAGACCCUCACGCUGCGUUCUUCGAAGGACCAGAUGCCGGUCGUGGGGCUCGGGCUCUGGAAGGUGCCGCGGGAGACAACGGCGGAUGCCGUGGUGGACGCCAUCAAAGCUGGCUAUCGCCACUUUGACUGUGCGUGCGACUACGGAAAUGAGGCAGAGGUGGGAGCAGGGCUACGCCGCGCGAUCGCCGAGGGGCUGGUCACGAGGGAGCAGCUGUGGGUGACGACCAAGCUGUGGAACACGUACCACGCGCCGGAGCACGUCCUUCCCGCGCUGCGCCGCUCCCUCUCCGACCUCGGCCUCGAGUACGUGGACCUGUUCCUGAUGCACUUCCCGCUCGCGCAAAGGUUUGCGCUGCUUCGCGACCUGCUCGCCUCGGCCACGCAGCCGCCUUCGGUGGAGCUCCACCCGUACAACCAGCAGCCCAAGCUGGUGCGCUUCGCGGCGCAGCACGGCAUCGCGGACCUAGCACCGCCGUCCCUACAUUCUCCAGACGUGAUCGAUUAA